UCCAGACAUCUGUGUAAUGAAUUCAAUAAAUAAUCCACUUGUCAGCUGAUUGAUUAUUAAUAAUUCUAUAGUCUAUAACGGUGCAUUUUGGCACACAUGAAAUUCAUUUGUUAAAAUGAAUUAUUAGGUCUCAUGGAAAGAAACCAGAAACUUUUAUCAUCAGUUAUAUUAUCAGUCGAAUAAUAGAGAUAAGAAAAUAACGACUCUAAAGGCUAUGAUUAUUUGCAACAAUACGAAAAUGGAAGUCAUUUUUUAUUUAUUUAAUAUAAAACAAUAAUAAAGUAUCGAGGUUAGGCUCUUUGGUAAUAGAGCUUGUCGGCAACAUCAACAGCGGUCAAGCUGUACAUCUGAAAUUCAGUCAGAUACUUUCCAGCAAAAUAAUUGCAAGUUUACAGUACUCAAUAAAGCGAGGACGAAGGGGUUUUGUAAAUUCUAGCAUGCUAAAUAAGGGACAUAAACGUUUGAAAACAUAUAAAAAUAUUUAUUGUGUAUAUACAAGCAGACAAGCUUACAAAAAUAUAAUGAAAAUGAAAAGGAAACGGAAUCUAGUUUAAUUAAGCGCAGUAAUACAAUAGCACAUUUUGUACAAAAACUGGUGAUGUACCAAUCAGAAUCCAGUAUUUAGUAGGCGCUGAAAAUAUAUAUUUCAGAAAGUCACCAUGUGGUCUUUUUUAAAAUUACAAAAAUAUACAAUUAUUGUAAAAUUUAUGUAUAAUCAUAACUGGCAUGGGAUCAGAUUUAAGUGUUAAAAUAUUUAUGUAUAAUUGAGUAUUAUGUCUUUGUAUUGCUAACUAUUUGAUAGAGUCAAAUCACGUCAUUGGGGAUAUGUUGAAAUCCACCAAUAGUAGCAACUAUGCAAAUUACUAUGCAAAUUCAGAAAAAGGAAGUAUCAUAAGAAAAUGUGAAAGCGAGAUCUCUUCACUUGCUUGCCAGGGGUCACGAGAGUCACCAGCAAAAAUUGAGAUCCAUGGACUCUUGGACUGAACCCUUAUUUUAUAGUAAUUUAUACCAAUUUUAAAAUUUUAGCUAUAAUUAAAUUAAAUUAUCAUAACUCAGUGAAGUCGUUGUAUGACAAGAGUUAAUAAAUUAGUAAUUAUUUCCCUACUGGAGAGGAUGACAUCAGCCCACCAGAAAUAAGGCACAGGACACACGAGGUGAAACCCAUGCCACAUCUUUAAAUUUGGGGAAAAUCUUCACAUGUUAUUUUUUCAUAUUAGAACUUCAAGACUAAACGAAUUCUCUAUGCUCUUUAUAUGAGAGGAUAAGUAGCUUAUACACUACUUGUAAACCAUGGAAAAGCUGAAUAAAGACCUGGACUUCUCCCUCUAUUCCUCAAUUCUUCGUCCACUGGUUAUCCUGAUGAAAUUCACUGGUGGCAUAUCUCUGAGAAAUGUCUUUUGCCACCAUGCCUACGAUCUGAAGCCUUCCAGAGGAAUACCAACAGGCACUGUUCUACUCUUACUACUAAAUGUUCUAAUUUACUAUCAUUUUGGAGAUGAUAUCCCAAUACCUUCUUAUGUCUUCAAUAUUGUCUGCUCUAUACUGGGUUGUGUUCAUCUUCUCACCUGCAACCUGACAGAUAAUACAUUGCUUAAAGCAUUGGUAGCCAUAGAAGAUUUCGAUAUACAAUUGAAACUGAACUCAAACUACAGCAAAACAUCAUGGAAGAAAUACAGAAUCUAUUGCUGGAUAUUGGUUCUGAUGUCAUUAAAUUUUCUUAGAAUGGCAAAAGCAACUUAUCACAGAUACCGUGCUAACGAUUUAGAUUUUGUUGCUUUAUAUUUACUCAAUUUUCUAUUGGAAAUUCUAUGGAACUUUGAUGUGAAUGCUCUUUAUUUGAUAAUUUGCCACGAAAUAUCAUUAAGAUUUGCGGACAUGAAGAAUGUUACAAUGAAAUUUAAAUAUGGCAUAAAAGCCAGAGGAAAUUGUCAACUAAUGGCAAGGAACUUGGAGGAGCUGAGAAUCCUACAUGGUCAAUUAUGCUUGGCCACCAAACAUUUCUAUGAUGCUUUUUUGCAAAGAAUUAUGCUUUUCAUACUGAUAAGAAUUCUUAUCAUCCUGUAUUAUUCCAACAUUCUUUUGUUUACAUCCUAUGUAGGUAAAUACAAAGUGAUAUUCUUUAAUGUUUUCCUGAUGCUGCUGAAUGUUUAUGUAUUGACGUCUUCAACAGACUAUAUUUUUAAUCGGAAUAGAGACGUGGUGUUCCUUGUUAAAAGUAUGGAUGAAGAAUACCGCUGUCCUGAAUUUAGAAAUCAGAUAUUUUUCUAUGAAGCAGAGGCUAACUACUUGAAAAAGCGAAUCUUUGAAAGAAAAAUGUUCAAACUUGAUAGGGAUACAUUCUCUAGCAUUGUUACUUUGCUUGUAACAUUGAUGAUUGUAUCCAUCCAACUGCCUUCAGUGGUGGAGAAUUGGGCUUCAUUCUUCAUUAUAAAAUUUAAAAUUUCUAGAGACAAUUUGAACUCAACAUUUUUGAACACAACUAUAAUUUGAACCUACAAUUCAACUCCAAUUCAUGGAAUGAG